AUGGAAAAUUCAUUUAUAAAAAGAAAAUCCGAGACUCUUGAAUUCUUAUUAAAUCCUAAAAAUGUUCCUGAAGAUAUCAUCGAAACUUUCAGGAAAAAACUCAAAAAGAAAAAAUUAAAACCGGCGUAUAUGAAAAAAUUAUUAGCUAGAGUCAACGAAGAAAUUAAACAACGUACAAUUAAACAAAAGCAAGAAUAUUUAAAAGAUACCAAAGUCCGAGUACAGCGGGAAUGGGAAAUCAAUCGUGACAGAGUUGAAAAAUACGAAGCCGAAAGAUUAUGGAGACAAUCGGAAUUGGAAAAAUCGAAUAAAGUCCUGUCGGAAAUCAACACUCACUGGGCCAAAACUAAAACCCAAAAGAGAAAACAAAAAGAAUGGGAACAAUACUUAUCGGGCUCCAGAUUACCCAAUCCGGGAUCCAUAACCGAAAUGAACACGUACAUAUUUCAAUGGAUGGAAUACGAAAAUAACGAUACCAUGGCUUACUGUUUGGAAAAAACGGAUGAAGUCAUGAAGUGCGAAACGUACGAUCGAUCUCAUCGAUUGUUAUUGAAUCCCCUUUGUUGGUUUCCCCCCAAGCAGCUGUUGGACGGAUUAGAAGAAGUUAUCAAUGAUCCACCACCUGAAAGUUCUCUUAAUUACAUCGAAGAUUUAAAAGAGUUACGACACGAAUUGAGAAGUUUACUACAGAAAAACAUCGACGCGGCAACAUUUCGACUUUUUAGCAGAAUCGAAACCGACAUGGUUUCGAUGAACGUGACGACAUCUAAAUAUACCGCGAAAGGAAAUCAUUUUAGAAUGAGUUUAUGGGCGGAAUUGAUAACACCGAUACCUUCGUCGAGAUUGAAAGAAGUCAGACAUCCUCUCAAAGUUGUUUUCGAAGAAACUGACGUCAUAAUUAUCGUUCCCGUCAAUUUGUUAGACAUUCAUAAAGUCAUGAGAUCGGCGUGGUUGUAUUACGAUCAUUGGAGCGACACGAGUCGUACAUACAAAUGUCAUCCCCUUCCUAAAUUCUACUCGAAAAGCGUUUACGAACUUUUCAUGGAAGAAAACGAAACGAAAAUUGAAUUGAUGAAUUAUCGGAAAACUUUGGAAAAUAUUAAAAAACACAUGAUAAGCACUUUGCCACCCGAUCCAUCACUAAGUCAAGAACUUUUGACGUGGGAUUCCGAACCGCAAAGAGCUCUCUCCGAGGAAGUUGCUUUCAAAGAAUGGGAAGAAGAGGAUAAUUUGGGAAAAUUAACAAAAUCCAUUUUGAACGAAAACGAAGUCAAUUUAAGAGAGAGAACAAUUUUGGGUGAUUUGUUACUCAUCGAAAUUUUACAUCAACCACCCCAACCGAAAUUUCUACGAUACAAACAUAGCGUUCUACUAAGUGAGACUCAAGUUCUUCCUGAACUUAUGAGAGUCGAUUAUUAUUAUAAAUUAAACCAACCGGAAACGGAAGACGAAGAGGGAGAAGACGCUGCGGAAACUAAAAGAGAAAAAAUCAGACGUAUAGCAAUGUCGAGAAACGACUUAUUGGAAGGGAAAAAAAAACUCGUUUCCAUCGAAUUAAAGCGGUGUGAAACGGUGACGUGGUUCGAAGAUCCAAAAGUCGCACUUUGGGACGCGAAUCGUAAAUAUUGGUCGAACGAAGAUAUUUACGAAACGAAUUACGAAGACGAUGGGACGAUAACAUUCAAUUGCGGACGAUUAGGUUUGUUCGGAUUUCACGUCACACGAUACAAAAACAUGCCCUACGAAGAUUGGCUUUUCGAAAGCGAUAACGAUAACGGCGUGAAUUUUUAUUUGAAAACCUCAAUGGUCGAAUUGAAUUUUAUCAUACGCAAAAACAAAGUUUGUUUGGAACAAAUAAGAAACGCUCCCAACAAAGUCAUAUGGUCGUCCAUCGUGGGAAAUUUUUACACUCCGGACGAUUUAGCAAAGUAUUUAAAAAAGAAAGGACUCGACAUAUUUCCACAACCGGAUGCCGGAACUUAUGUGGACACGAUAAAAUCAAAACAUUACGUCGUGGAAAAAACAAUUUAUCAAAUAUGGGGAUUAUUUUCACAGAGUUUCCGGUUCAAAAGAUCCAAAUUCAAUCAAUCCGCGGGAAGGAGCAACAUAUUAUUUUUAGCACAAGAAGUUAAUCCCAAUCAUCAGUGCGAUUAUUCACUUAUACAAAAUUCAAUGUGUAGUUCGUACGUGCUUAAAAUGAAAGAAGAUACGAGCACGAGUUAUAAUCCCGAACCCAUGUCCGGAACCGCAAAAUAUGUCGACCUUUACGGUUUGCUUUAUAAAAAUUCGACAAUCAAUUGUAAAAAAAAAUUACGUAAAACGAGUCAAUCUCUCAUACAAACCGUUAAAGAAUUUUUACACAUGGUAAGACCUUUAAGCUUUUCGUAA